AUGCAAGAUGCACCAUUCCAGACUGUCAAGAACGCACUCCUUUCGGGGAAUGCAACACCGUCUUUGACUUCUUCCCUGCUAGAAGCUCUAUGGAAGGAAGGUGACUCCGCUGAGUACAAUGAAUAUGACAUCAAAUGCGUGGCAGCGGUUUUGUAUGCAGCCGGAACAGAAUCGAUGUCAACAACCCUAACCGCCUUCAUUCAAGCGAUGGUUCUCCAUCCAGAUGUGUACACUAAGACCCAACAAGAGCUCGACAGAAUAGUUGGUGGAAGCCGCCUCCCGAAUUUGACUGAUAGAGCGUCUCUGCCGUAUGUGGAGAACGUGCUGAAGGAACUCUAUCGGGCGAUGACUCGCGACGAGACUAUCUUCUCUGACCCGGAACGUUUUCUACCCGAACGAUUCAUGAGCUAUGGAGUAGAUGGAACCAAAGGCGAGGAGCAAGCCAUCGACCCGCGGGGUAUUGUAUUUGGAUUCGGACGGCGGUACGCAAAGUCUGACUCCAUAUGCCCGGGGAGACAGUUCGCCGAUUCUAGUCUCUGGCUCGCGGUUGCUACCAUCGCAGCGGCUCUUAACAUCUGUAAAGCUACAGGACCUGACGGUGCAACUAUUAUACCUGUACCCGCGUUUCCUUCUGGGUCCAUCAGGCAUGUCGCAGACUUUCAAUGUGUCAUACGUCCACGGUCGCAAGCAAUCGAGGGCGGGUUGCUCAGCCCUGCGUGGAUGGAAGAGUGGUAG